AAAGAACACCAAUAAAGUAAAUCAGCUGUUAUCCGUCAAUCGAUGUCAACAAAAUUACAUAAUUUUGUUUGGAAAAACAGUGAAGUUAUUAUUUUUUGAGCGUCAUUUUGAAAUUUUCAAAUAUGUUUAUUGACUGUUAAGUUUUAAAAGUAAAAUUAUUAAAGUAAAUGUAUACGAAAAAGUGAAUUCGAUUGGUGUAUUUUUUGUGAUUAUUCUUAGAAUGUAGCCUAACAAAACUAGUUAUGGAUCGCAAUAAUAUAAUAGAGUGCGGCGGAUUUUACUUUAUACACAAUUUUGACUCAGGGAAUUUAGGGCAUGUAGAACGAGUGCCCACAGAAUUUAUUGCUCCAACGUUAAAUCCGAAAACAAAUGUUUCGGAGACUCCCGAUUAUGAGUUUAAUUUAUGGACGCGACCUGAUUGCGCUGGCACAGAAUUCGAGAAUGGCAAUCGAACUUGGUUUUAUUUUGGCAUACAAGCCAGUGAGCCUAAUGUACAGGUGCGACUUAACUUGAUCAACCUUAACAAACAAGGCAAGAUGUAUAACCAGGGUAUGGCUCCAGUGACACGGACCCUUCCAGGGAAGCCACAGUGGGAAAGGAUAAGGGAUCGUCCAGUGCAUUCAACAGAUGACAACACAUUUACACUGUCUUUCCGAUAUAGAACAUCAGAUAAUCCGAAAGCUACAACUUUCUUUGCAUUCACAUACCCAUUCUCAUUUGCGGAGCUACAAAUAGCUCUGAACUCUAUUGAUCUUAAAAUGUUGCCAGUCCCGCCACCUCAAUCACCUGAUGAUAUAUAUUAUUGCAGAGAAUGUUUAAUAUAUUCAUUAGAAGGAAGGCGUGUAGACUUAUUGACAAUUUCAUCCCACCAUGGUAUAACAAUGGAGCGAGAGGACAGAUUAAAGAAUUUGUUCCCAGAAAAUCAGGAGAGGCCUUUCAAAUUCCAAAAUAAGAAGGUCAUAUUUAUAUCUGCUCGGGUGCAUCCAGGAGAAACUCCAUCGAGCUUUGUGUUCAACGGAUUCCUAAACUUACUACUGACAAGAAACGAUCCGAUUGCAAUCCAAUUGAGGAAACUCUAUGUGUUCAAAAUGAUUCCGUUUUUAAACCCAGAUGGUGUUGCCAGGGGUCAUUACAGAACCGAUACUAGGGGGGUUAAUUUAAACAGGGUCUAUUUGAAUCCAUCACUUCUCUAUCAUCCCACUGUGUAUGCAUCAAGGUCUCUUAUAAGAUAUCACCAUUUUGGAUUUGAGAAAGAUGAAGAUAAUUGUGAGGAUAUUAAGAGCUUUGCAUCCCGCAGCAUACAGAACAUUAGUGAAAGUGUUGAGCUGGUUGAAACGAAGAAAAAGAAAUCCCCCGGUUCCCCAAACAUCAAGGGUGACUUCAAGCGUGACAAGGCAAAGACACAACCGUCAAAGCCGUCAGCUCUGUACUCAGAAGACCACAGCAGGGACGAGUUCAGUGGAGACGCCGCCAACUUGGCCGAUCAGGUCCUCGACAUGAAGCUCCAAGAGAUGCCUUCACAAACAGACAAUAUAUCCUCGAAUCCAUCUAACGCUAACCUGGAGGAGAGUUCGUGUCUCCUCAACGAUAAUGUGCUGCGGUCGUGUCUGGGGUCUAACGUUCACCUCAGCACGAGCGAGGAACUCACUAUAAACGGCCUCAACCCCCUGAAGCCGCUGAGGGAUACUUUGAAGAACAGCAUCAGUCUACUCAUGGAGUCCAGCUCGUCCGUCGCCGGUGAGAGUAUUUCGCAGGAACUUCCUGUAGUGAAGAUGGGCUAUUGUAAAGUGUGCCGAAGGGACAGGGAGUCGAUGCUGUCCGACCUGCCAUCCUAUAGGAAUAUCGAGGAGUACGGAGAACAUCAGAGACAAAAAAUAGAUACUAAGGAGCAGAAGGUCGACGACCUUGAAGUUAUCGAGGGUUCGGUGAACGUGUUCUUCUGUACGAACUGCUUCAAGCGAUACAUUGUGACGGAGGGCAACGAGGAAAUUGCGACCGCUACGUCUUCAGGUGAUUGUGUGGAGGGCCCCCCUCUAUCUCCUAGGCCUCCGCCCCCGGAACGCCCUCAGACGCGUUCCCCCGCCGGCAGCACUGGGGACUCGUUGCCGCCAGUGACGGUCCGAAAGGUCGACAAACCUAAGUCAGCUCCUAAGUCGUCUAAGAAGAGGUCCCCGGCCGUGACCGCAGCCCCCGCCCCCUCCCCCGCCGCAGCACCCACCGUCUUGAGACCGCACAAGGACGUCGAGUCCGGCCUGUACCUUUAUAUAGAUCUACACGGACACGCCUCUAAGAAAGGCAUCUUCAUGUACGGUAACCACUUUGAGGACCUGGAGAGUUCGGUGGAGUGCAUGUUGCUGCCUCGCAUCAUGUCGCUCAACAACCUGCACUUCCACUUCUCAUCCUGCAACUUCACCGAGAGGAACAUGUAUCUGAAGGACCGUCGCGACGGCAUGUCCCGCGAGGGCUCGGGUCGCGUGGCCGUGCUGAAGGCCACCGGUCUGGUCCGCUCCUACACCCUGGAGUGCAACUACAACACGGGCCGCCUGGUGAACGUGCUGCCGCCGCCCUGCCGCGAGCCGGCCGCCACCGCCCAGCCCGCGCCCCCGCCACCCAAGUACACGCCGCACAUCUUUGAGGAGGUAAACCCGUUCCAGGUCGGGCGAUCUCUCGGAGCGUCCAUACUUGAUCUGACGGGGCAGCAUCCUAACUCGCGAAUCCCGUGCUCCGAACAUCGUAAUCUGGCUGCCGUGCGCGACUGGCUCAGGACGCACUCGAGGACCGCGCGCCCUCAGUUGACUAUGUCGAGACUGCGGCCGAAAACUUCCUCCCCGACGAGGAUGCCGUUGUUCGCGCGCUCCAAGGCCAAGGUGACGGACGAGAGGAAAGAGAACGCGUACAUAGCGGCAAAGAGCGACACGGAAAGGCGCCGCAGCCCGCCCAUACUGGCACCGCGCUCAGGGCUCGACCUCACAAACCUCAACACCAAGUUCGGCAAGAAAAACGAACCAGCAAAAUCGUCAUCACGAACACGCUACCUGGCAGACAGCGAGCCGAAACCUAAGACGCUAUCCACCAAGAGGCGCAACGUUCUCGCUAUCAGGAAACCAAAUACAAGCAAGACGCAGAUGAGCGGCAUUGUGAAGGCGAAGGCGAACCGAAGAGCCGCGGACGAUUCAGACGACCGAGCGACAUCCGCCAAGCUCGGCAAGCGAGGGUAUGUCCGUCCGGGGAGAGCGAGGCGCCAACCGACAUCCACUUCUUCAUCAGAGGCCGCCGGAGGCUCCAGCUCUUGGGAGGCGGGCGGUUCCCACGAGACAGCCUUGGCCGCUAAGAGGCGGCAGUUCCCGAACCCCGCGCCCUCACACCUCAAGAAGAUACGCCUCAAGAACGGCUUGUAGCGAAACAUACAUACAAAUACAUCUUGAAGUAUCCCAGCGAGAUAAGGCCACUGACCCCACACGCCCACAACACACUCCACAGUCGGUGAACAAACUAUCCAUUUUAUAUUACAUAGCGUAAGUAGCGACGAUAGAAUACAUUACAUAACACGUCUGGUGAGUUUUGUUUAACUUUGAUUUCAAUAUCUCAGUAUUAGAGCAUAGGAUUCAUCGGGAGACUUCGUUACUUUUAUAAAACGGAACACGUCUGUCGCUUGCCAUUAGUUCUAGGGUAUUUUUCUGGAAUGUAUUGCAUUUUAAAGAAAUUUAUAACUUUUACAAUUCAUAUUAAUGUUGUUCGCCGCGGUGUUUUAAAAGGAUAUUUUAGAACGGUAGCUCACUGUCUAGACGAUUGGGAAUAGAUAAUUGUUAGAUAUAAAAAUAUUGUAAUUAAAAUAAGACUUCAAAAGACACGAAGAAAACGUUUUAUUAUUAUUAUUAUUUAAAUUGUAAAGUAUUAUCGAACAGAUAAGUACGCUCAAGGAGCAAACGAAAAAAUGAACCGAAUGAUCUCAUUGCAAUAUAAUCAAAAUUUUUUUGGAAAAAAUAAAUAAAACUUACUGCAUCAACUAUUACUAGAAAAAAAUGCAGAAAAAAAUCGACAAGAAACUAGUGUUAAUAUUUUUUCUAUUUUUAAAAGUUGAUUACGUUUAAAAAAAAAUACAAACAUCAUUGGUGCGCGGUAAUUAGGUUAACUGAGAGUGCAAUAUUGUUGGAUUAGUUGACGAAGAUUUAUAACGCUCUUGUAUGAGGUAAAUAGAAUUUAAAAAAUAUAUGUACCUACCAUACUAAAAAUUAAACGUUGUGUAUAAAUAAAAUAUUUAAACAUAGAAAUCAUCGUCUGUAUAUUAUUAUAUGGUAAUUAUUUAUUUAUCUCAAAUAUUAAUAUAUUAAACAAUAACAAUACCGA